AUUUUCUCCAAAACCAACCAAAUGAUCCGGAAAUGCGCGAAAGUUUUCAACGGCACUCUGAAAACUUGCCAGGAGGGGAAACUUCGUUUAGGCGUACCGGAUUCCAGGCUAUGGAACUGUCGUGAUCCGUAGCAGACGCUGCCAGCUCGUAGGGCUGGAAAUCCAUCGCGGCAAUGCGUCGGAAAGGUAAGAUCUCAGCUGAUACAGUGAUGGUGUGACACCGUAUUCUAUCUCCUGCCGAUUGAUACUCAAAACGACAUUUGUAUGCAUUUUAUAAGUCUUCGUUCUGCACUUCAGUCGUACACACUCCACUCAACAUCACACUCGAUAGACAUUCAGCAUACAUACCAGUCUACUCUCCAAUCAACCGCUUCAAAACUACAUUGCGACUCGACUCGACUCAGACUUCACAUCAUUACAGACAAACCCCGCUCCAGCACAGUCUCAGCUCCAACUCAAACUACAACAUCAAAAUGCCUUCCCCAACACAAGCCCGCACCAUGUUCCGCAGUGCUGCUCGCUACCUCACUGAGCAGCACCCGUUUGCGCGUAACCCUACCACUAUGCCAUCGCAUUCUAUUCGCUACCUCGACCUGAACAAAAGAGUCGUAAAGGCAAGCGCUUUAUACUUCCCCUUCGCAGUUGGCGUCCUCGGCUGGCCAGUCGCCGCUGCCUGGUGGUUCAAUGGCUCCAUGUGACUCUUUGAAGGAGAAAGAGAGCGGAUGGUAGAGAGACAUUUCGUACGGAAUUUGGAUUCCAAAGAGGUUGCAGAC